UGAAAUAGCGUCCUCUCGGUUGCAGCUAAAGUCAUGGCAGCUCCUGGUCUGAUUAAAACUCUGCUGUACACUGUCAACAACCUACUGCAGCAGGAGAAGUACAAAGCUGCGUUGGCAGUGUUGAAAGGAUUCAGAAAUGGCGCCGUAUAUGGGGCCAAAAUCAGAGCACCACAUGCUCUGGUGAUGACGUUUCUGUUCAGAAGUGGCAGUUUGAAGGACAAGCUCAAAGCCAUUUUCAAGGCCACGUACACCCACUCCCGAAACCUGGCAUACUUUGUGUUCACAUACAAAGGACUUCAAACCUUGCAGGAGAGAUGCCAGGGGAAGAGUUUGCAGUCUCACUCCUUUCUGGCCGCCUGCGUUGGAGGAUGGCUGGUGUUUGGAGAUAACAACAACAUCAAUAGCCAGAUCAACAUGUACUUGCUGUCUAGGAUCCUGUUCGCUCUCUCUCGACUGGCUGUAGAGAAAGGACUCAUCCCACAGCCUAAACAUGACCCUUUCCCACUCUUUGCCACGCUGGUGUGGGGAAUAGUCCUUUGGCUGUUUGAAUAUUACCCUCACACCCUCCAGCCCUCACUGCAGUCCUCCAUGAACUACCUCUACCAUGACAGCAAUGUGUGGCACGACAUAACAGACUUCCUUGUUUAUAAUAAGCCAAGGACUGCUGCUUAGAAAUGACGUUGUAGUUUUUAUGAUAACGGACCAGCCCUCUACAAUACAUGAGUUGCAUUAUAAUGUUUUAUAAUUAUUAAUAUUCCAAUUUUUGGGGUAAUGUUGCCUUUUUCAAAUGAAUGUUAGAUUAUAGUGUAGUUAUUUUUUGUUAAUGUUUGAUUCAUUGACAUUUGUAUAUCUGUUUGUGUGUAGACUCACACCUAGACCAGUCUAUUUGAAUAGAAUUAUUACUAUUAGACAAAAUCUGCUUUAAAGGAAACAUUUGUCGCCUUUUUAUCUGGAGCUCCAAUCAGUGUUUAUGGUAAAUGUAGUCCAUUGAAGCAGGAAAUUCCUCAGUGUGUGCCAUAUUGACUGACAAAGCUAAGUUCUCUUGCUCGUGGAGCUGUGCAGGUAGUUCCUACAUGUACCAGAAUGCAUAGUGAAGCUAAGUUGCGUCUAUACCUAAUGCAGGUUAUGAAAAAAGACACAGUUGCUCCAUAGUCCAAACUAGUGUGAACCAAGACAGCAAUGAACCCUAUUCUUUUCCAGCAGCGCAUUACAGCUGCACUCCUUUGCUCUCAUCAGCUCAGGUUCUGGCUCCCCCGCCGGCAAAAUGCUCACGCUGCAUUUCUUCGGCCGUAGACUCUGGCUCGAACAAAAUUGACCAGUCAGUCAGCUUAAACACUGUGAAAUGUGCACUUUACAAAUCCUCAUCCAUAACAUCCUCUGCACUUAUAUGUGGUGCUGCCAUUUUUGCUGUUGGUAAUGUUAGUUUACAAUACAAGCAAGUAGUUCUUCCUCCUGCCACCAACUAUGUCAUGUGAUGUCAAAUUACUCCGCUGGAUGAAGGAGGAACAUAAAAGGAAAGUAGCUACGCCCCAGACACUUCGAAAACAUCGGCAAUAACUGCAGCGUUUCCACAUUAUGUCCCUCACCUGGAUAAAUGAAAAAAUAUAAAUAGUAUUUUUGUUUCUACUGAUAUUUUGGGUGCUUGUAGAAUGUCUGAUUUUUUUUUUUAUUAUUAACCACGGUGUGUCACUAAUUAUAACUGCCACAGAAUAAAACACAAAAAGUUGAA